CUUUCGGACCGUUCGAUCCUUCCGCCCAACUCCUAUUUAAUACCAUGUCUCUCCAUUGCUAGGGUUUGAUUUCCAGACGAGCGAAGCAUUCAUCGAAGGGACUACGCGCGGCGCGAGUGCGAUAGCCAUGGCGACCCAAAUGAGCAAGAAGCGAAAGUUCGUAGCGGACGGAGUGUUCUUUGCCGAGUUGAACGAGGUCCUGACAAGAGAACUCGCUGAGGAUGGCUAUUCUGGUGUCGAGGUUAGGGUUACACCCAUGCGAACAGAGAUCAUUAUCCGGGCGACCCGCACUCAGAACGUCCUUGGCGAGAAGGGCAGAAGAAUUAGGGAGUUGACAUCGGUGGUCCAGAAAAGAUUCAAAUUUCCUGAAAACGGCGUGGAGCUCUACGCAGAGAAGGUGAACAAUAGGGGGCUCUGUGCUAUUGCUCAAGCUGAAUCACUGCGUUACAAACUUCUCGGUGGCCUUGCUGUUCGCAGGGCCUGUUAUGGUGUCUUGAGGUUUGUCAUGGAGAGUGGUGCAAAGGGAUGUGAGGUACACAAAUUUAUUCCAGAGAUCCAUCGACCUUUCAAUGAAUGUGGUAUUUUGAUCCUGAUUUUCUUUCAGGUAAUAGUAAGUGGAAAGCUCAGGGCCCAGCGAGCUAAAUCCAUGAAGUUCAAGGAUGGAUACAUGAUUUCUUCUGGUCAGCCAGUAAAGGAAUACAUUGACUCUGCAGUGAGGCAUGUUCUUCUUAGACAGGGUGUUCUUGGAAUCAAGGUCAAAAUUAUGUUGGACUGGGAUCCAAAGGGGAAGCAAGGGCCAACGACUCCACUUCCAGAUCUUGUCACUAUCCAUCCACCAAAGGAUGAAGAGGAAUACAUGAGACCAGCCGUUUUGGUGCCUGCGGAGAUGCCCAUUGCAUGAUGACGAGUGUUUGCUUCACAUGAAUUUUACUAGAAGAGCUGCCUUGUUAUGACUUUCGUAAAACAUAUGUUGAUGUAGUAACCAGUAAGGGCUAUUUAUCCUUGUUUAGGCCUGUUCUGUUUUUGCUAUUGCCAUCUUCCAAACUAGUGAUUUCUUUGGUGGUCGAUUUGCAUUUAAUCUUUAUUUCUAGAAA